AUGGAGGGAAGACCAGAAAAAGUGUCAUCACAUCGUCCUCCAAGACCUGGGAAGACGACAAAGAGGGAACCGUCACCAGUCCCUAAGGAGAGAUCACAGAAAAUAAGCAAGUCAGUCAGGCUUCAAGAGCCUCAGAUGAAAAAAGACAAGGAGACGACCGACGACAUGUUGGAGGAGGGCAAAGAGAUCAAACUGAGACCACCAGAGAUGUCCUGCUCUACUGUCGUUAAUGUAGACAGUGUGAGAGAAAAAUCGAAAGAGGAAAAUGAAGAAGCACUGGGGCUGCUGGAGACUGGGUGGCGUGAGGAGGGCAUGAAGCCCAGAAGCCUUGGAGCUUGUGAGUUGCUACUCGUAGUUGUAGCAGUUGCCACUGUGAUCUUCUUCUUGCCUGUCUCCAUUUGGUUCUGUAUAAAGAUUAUCAGGGAGCAUGAGCGAGCUGUGAUUUUUAGGUUAGGGCACUUGUUACAGAGAAAGCCCAGAGGACCAGGUCUUCUUUUUUACCUCCCAUUCUUGGAUGUUUGCCAUAAAGUAGACAUCCGUCUGAAAACGCUACAAGUCCCCUCACACACGGUGGUGACAAAAGAUCUGGUCUGCACAGAAGUUAGUGCGGUCUGUUACUACCGCAUUGAGAACGUGUCCCUGUGCUACAGCUCAUUGGCUAGAGUUCCUGCCGUGCUCCAGGCUUUGGUCCAGGUCUCAGUCAGGGAGGUCCUUGCCCAUCAUACCUUCACCCAGAUACUGCUGGACAGAAGGAAAAUUGCGCAGGAGAUCCAGGUCGCUCUAGAUUCCAUUGCAUGUAAAUGGGGAAUUAAGGUGGAGAGGACAGAAAUAGAAGACAUCCAUCUUCCCCCUGAACUGCAACAUAACUUCGCAAUUGAAGCUGAAGCCAAGAGACAGGCCCAAAUCAAAGUGAUUGCAGCAGAAGGAGAGAAGGCAGCCUGUGAGGCCCUGAGGGCUUCCUUGGACACUCUCUCUGGAUCUCCGAUGGCUGUUCAGUUGCGUCUCCUUCAGCUCCUGCACAGUCUACAUUCUGAAAAGCCAGCUGUGGUUGUUACGUUACCCUGUGACCUCCUCCAGCAAGCUGCUGACCUGUCAGCCAUUACUACUACAGUCAAUCAAAACCUCACCACAGGUGACAUCACAAAAGAGGCUGAUAAAGAUUCACCAAUGAUGUAA